AUGUUCCCCCUCGACGACCCUCUGCGUCCCGAAUGGACCCCUUUACAUCCAUACACCCCUUCGGAUUCCACCGAUGCGCCCACCUUUCCGUCGCCUUUAGGCGCAGCCAGUUGGGGCCAUGAUGGCUUUUCUCACGAUCCGGGCUUCCUGGCAUCGCAGGAAGAAUUGCGAUGCAUGCUCUUCAACAUAGCCCAAUCUGCUGCCCCGACCCGCGCACCCAGUCCCGAAAUCCAUGCCUUGCGCGAUUCCACAGCACCCAUUCGCCCUGUGCUUUCGAGCCCCCGUCGCAUCGAAUAUUUGAAAAACUAUGUUGGGCAGGUGGCACCUUGGCUCGACAUGUUUGAUUCGCAAUGCACGUUCCGAGUCCAAAUUCCCGCGCUCGCCCGCUCGUUCCCCGCACUGUUAAACGCGAUUCUUGCCAUCUCGGCCCGACAAAUGGAACGCAAGGAGGGCAUUCAAGACUCUUUUGACAGUCUGGAAUUAUACCAGGAAGCGAUCCGUCUGCUAAGCCCGCUCCUGCAAAUGCGUGACCCUAAGGUGGUUGCCGCCUGCGUCCUGCUAUGUUGUCUCGAGAUGAUGUCUGCCCGCGCGCAAGAUUGGCAGCGUCAUUUGGAGGGAUGCGCUGCGUUAUUUGAGGCUUUUGAAAUGAAUGGCUUCAGCAACGAUCUUCUACAAGCAGUAUUCUGGUGCUACGCGCGUAUGGACCUGUGUGGUGCGCUGAUCUCCGAUGGCACACAGAGCACUCUCCUUCGGCCGAGCAAAUGGCUUGCGCCUGGGUGCCAUGAAGACGACGCGGCUCAGCUCUUCCAGGCCGCCCAAUCGCCAGACAUGCAUGCAAACUACGCUGUUUAUCUCUGCGCCAAAGCAUGUGAAUUGGUCGCUGAUCGCACUCAGUUUAUGGAGCUCGGCGUGCAAAAUGAAUGUACUGGAGAUGUCCUCAGUCGUCGUUGGAUCCGACUGUGGGAUGACUUGCAGCAUUGGCUAGACACCCGACCACCGGAGUUAUUGCCUAUUCAUACUACCACGACAAAGCCAUUUCCACACAUCCUAUUCCUGCACUGGGCGGCCAUUUCCUCGACCCAGUUAUAUCACACGGCGUGCAUUUUGCUGUUGAACAUGAUGCCCAAGUCAAUCAACCUCCCGGCGACAUCUGCCACAUCCGCACUGUGGCAUGCAAGACGAAUCUGCGGGAUCUCACUCGCAAAUCCUCACCAGGGUUGCUUGAAUAAUGCGAUACAACCGCUGUGGAUUGCAGGGCGGCUAUUCAGCCAUAUGUCGGAACACGCCAUCAUUGUCGACGUUAUCCGACACAUAGAAGCCGAGACGGGAUGGGGCGCUUGUUGGCGCAUCCGAGAUCUGGAGCUUGCUUGGGGUUAUCCAGCUUCACGGUCCGACCGUGCGACAAAAUCUCGAUUUGCCAUCACCCGGUGA